AUGUCUGAAACUACACAAAAGAUGGAUGAAGACGAACUUCAACUAGAAGUCGAAACGAUGAUAGGAAAACAGAAGUCAUCGCGGAUGAAAACUUCUCCAAUAUUUCAGAAGAAGUUCCUGUGGACAUCAGUGUUAUUACUGUCGAUCGCGAGCGUUUCGAUCAUCGUUUGGAUUUCUUAUCAUGCAUCACAGGGGAAAGAUUCAACAACAAGUAAUGAUUAUGAAUACAGCGAUGGAAAAGUACCACAAUUACGAUCGUAUACAUCCGGCAAAAAAUACAGAUUUGAGUAUUCAGAUGAUACUGGAUAUUUGAAUAUUUAUAUGCGUAAAAAUCCUGGUGAUAGACGAUAUCGACCAGAGAAAGUUCGUUUUCCCGCUGCUCGUUUUGAUCGUCGACGACUUCCUAUCAACGGUCCAUUUUUCAAUUUUCUGCCACGAGUUCCAAUAUUUGCCGAUCGACGCACAAAACAGACGCUCAUUUGGUCGACGUCCGGAGGCGUUUACAUAUUACCUCCACUGGUAAAUAGUUUUGGUCAGCUCUUCUCAGUUGCAGAACUGAUCGCAUCCGGUUACGCCAGUCUCGUGAGCAGUGGAUCUCUACCAACGGGUCCAUUUAAUAUGCUGCCAUUCUUCAAUCCACGCCAUUGUUUGGUCCAAAUAUUCCAAUACUAA